ACCAAAUAUUACGUUCAUAUUUUGAUACGACUGAGUUUCUGAUUCGAUUUUGUUAUUUAAAUGUCAGUAUUAUUAAGUAAAGUGCAUUGUGACUACGGAUUUUAGUGAAUUUGUGUAAAUCUUUGAAUACAGCGACAUGGCUGAUCCGCCGGUUAAACGAGAGGGUUCAAAAGUUACAACAAAAUAUCAUGAGAAAGACGCCCAAGAUCAAGCCACUUUAGCACAACUGGAUAAACUCGGAGAAGGGGGAUGGUGGCUAUGGUCGAUGUUCUUUCUGAUUUCUUCCAUUGGAAUCUUCAAUGGAAUUCAUGCGAUAUCAACAAUAUUUAUAGCAAUAGUACCUGAUACCUACAAUUGCAAGGUACCAGAGCUGACAGCUUUAGGUUGGUCUGAUGAUCAAAUACGAAGCAUCAGCGUACCAGGGAACGUAGAACAAAGCUGCAAAAUGUAUAAUCGCGAUUAUGCAGCUCUGGCAAAUAUGACUGAUGAGGACUUAAAUGACUAUUUGAAGACACAUUCUAAUGAUUCGGUAAUUUCUUGUAAAUAUGGCAUGGAAUAUGUACAAGAACCUUUGACCAGCUUUGUUACAGAAUGGGAUUUAGUCUGUGAAAGAUUGUACUUGAGAUCAACUAUCACCACUGCAUUGGGUAUAGGAAAAUUUGCCGGAGCAUUUAUAUUUGGAGUUAUUGCAGAUAAAUAUGGGCGCAAGCUAUCCAUAAUAAUUGGCAGUAUUAUUUUUAUUAUAACAGCUCCCUUGCAAGCAGUAGUAAAUGACUUUCUUCUCUAUUUCUUCCUGAGAUUCCUUGUUGGAGUAUCUGGAAUUGGUGCAUACAACACUGCUUACACGCUCCUAAGUGAAAUAUCUGGUCCUAAGCACCGAGGAUGGAUGAGUAUAGUAAUUAAUUUAUCAUACGCCAUCGGAAUGAUUAUAAUAUCUUGUGCCUAUUAUUUUUUCAAACCAUGGAGACAACUCCAAUUAGCAACCUCUAUACCAACUGUUUUGCUAUUAAUCCAUUGCUGGUUAUUGCCCGAAUCUCCACGCUGGCUCAUCAACAAAGGCCGAAGUAAAAAAGCUGCCAAAAUAGUUUUUGGCAGAAAAUAUGAAUAUAAUGUUGCAUCAGCGACUCCUGCCACAAGUACUCAAGCAGAUGGUGGUAAAAAACCAUCUUGCUGGCAGAAAGUUAAAAAUAGUUUUGUGGAGAUAACUGAUAUACUUAAGCAUACAGAAAUGAGACAUAGAUUACUUAUUUGCCUUGUUACUUGGUUUUCAAGUGCUCUCGGUUACUAUGCUAUGGCAAUAAACGAUAUUAAUUUGCCUGUCGAAAAAAUGAUAUACGGCAUUAUGAGUGGAUCGCUUGAGUGUAUAAGUUAUUUCAUACCUUUGCCGCUACUGAAAUUUUGUGGACGCCGAACUAUAAACUUUCUAUUAUUUAUGUCUGCUACGGCGUGUUUCAUACCAAUUCUAUCUUUCAGUUUAGAUUAUGCUUAUACAUUAAUGGUAAUUUCACUUAUUGGUCGUUUAUUCAUGAGUGCAGUAUUUGCAGUAGUUAUUUUGCAUACACUCGAACUAUUUCCUACUUCGAACAGAAGUACUGCACAGGGGUUGAGUUCUACAAUGGCAAAUGUUGGGUCAAUAUCGGCACCAUACAUAGUUGAUUUAUUGGGUGAUGUAUCUUGGCAAUUUCCUAUAGGUUUUUGUGGAGUAUUUGCAUUUAUUUCCGCAGUAUUGGUUUUAUUACUUCCUGAAACGAAAGGACGACCUAUGUGCGAUACGCCAGACGAUAUAGAUGGUCCAGAACAAGGAAAAGUUUCAAUAAAAAACAUAUCGUGUCGUCGACGUUCAUAAGAUAUUUUAAAAGCUUAUAUUCAAUUUUUAACAAU